AUGAGGAGAUUCUAUUUCUUGAAGUCUUCGGAUCUUACUCUGCAAGACCCUCCUCUACCGACUCGGCAAGAAAAGAUCCUGUUUUGGUCGCAUGCAACAGAUGUGGGGGCUUUAUUCAACAUGUUGAAAGAGCGAAACAUGCGUCCGAUGAACGCGCAUGGAGUGGCAGCAUUCGGCUGCAACAUAUUCUAUGCGCUCGGACACGAGAUGUCCGGAUCCGACAUCGACGAACACAACCUGACCCGGGUGAUUUUCAACACCACCCGCAGCGCCAAGAACUUGGCAGGCAUCGUCGUGGGUGGCCGUGCAUGGGGAUCUCUCCGCAAACACCUUGGUGGAUCCUAUGAAACAGCUCGUGCAGCCACUGAAGAGGAUGAGGUGCUCAAGGAUGCGAAUGCAAAAGCUUAUUGCGUAUCUCGCAACAGAUAUUGCUUUACAUGCAUUGCUUUUGAGCAGCUGAUGACGCCGCCUUCCACAGCGAACACCCUCAUCUCCCAGUACCAGAAAGCUGCAGGCAUAGCUCCACAAGAAAAUUUCACAAGCAAUGGCGAACACAUGGACUGGAUAUUGGCCCCAGGGAGCAUCGGAUACGACGUGGUGGGCAUCAGGCAGUGGGAGCGCAUCAAGCCAAGGCGACCCAAUAUGGUGGUCUCAAGCAUCGAUGCCGACUCCAGCAUCCACGCCGAUGCCACCAUCCACGCCGACGCCAGCAUCCUUGUCGACACCAGCAUCCUUACCGACGUGGCCACCUAUGCCACCACCCGCACACCGGCGACACCGGCAACCACGGCACGGGUACCACUUCCUAGUCAGUUUUCAGAGGACCCGGACCAUUAUGAUACGAACCUCGUAUUCAAAGCAACUUUGAAGAGGACCAUAGAGCCCACGGCUUGGAGCCGUGCCAAAGGACUUGCAGGCAUGGACAUCCGCGAUGUCACCGUUGCACAUCUUUGCAGACAUGGCAUGGAGGAAUUUGGACUUCAAGGACUUUCCCACGGCAAGUUCACCGGCAUGAUUUUGACCCGCAACAUCGCCGAGAGCGUCUUCCUCUCCCAGCUUCAAAAGAAGCUCCGCGAGAACAACAUCGACAUCGAUGCCACCGUCGACGCCCUCUACAAAAGCAAAAGACAAAAAGCCCCUGACAAGGUGAAAGAGGCCAUUACCUUUGUCACACCCCUCGUCGACACCAUCCUUGACGCCAUCAAGCCUUGGGCACAGGUACGCAACUAUGCCGCCAAGAACACCGACGGCGACAACCAAGCAGCUCAGCGCAUGCAGGCCCUGGAGGAGCAAACCGCAAAGUACAAACAACGCCUGCGCAGCGCCGGCAUCGAGGUCACCCCCCAGAAGUCCCUACGGCUGCAGAAUGAGCCAACAGAUGGUCCAGAAACAACAGCGGCACCACCAAAGCGCAGACGCCUUACAAAGGGAGCUAUCAAGCAGCGCAACGAGGACAUCCUCGCCGAGCCCCACAACGUAAUCCGUACCAAUGGACAAGAGCCACCGACAAGUAUGACCUCGAUUGCAACUUGGGUCACCAAUCUCAAGAAGAGCCUCCCCCGAGAAAAGCACGCGGAAGUGGACAGUCACAUACAGUCCGUGCAGACCAUCCUCGAAGGCGCUAAGUACACCAAGGCAGAGCUACAGGAGAUGGCGACACGAUGGGGACUCCCCAUUUCUCUCACUACAGCGCCAAAGGCUUCGCCCAAGAACCUUCAGCAGCUGAUCGCGGCCGUCACCUACCUCGCCGUGUGCGCGGUUCCAGAGCUCUACACGUUCGAGAAAUUCUCCCAGCCCUGUGCAGUGUACGUCAAGCUUUUAUUUCCAAGGCUCAACAAGCAAGCCUAUGCGACUGCUACCCGAGAUGCAUCCUUUUGUUACAUCGGAUCCACCAACAUCACUGUGGCCAAGAGAGAAUACAACAGAGUCGCAAAACUUCGUCAACUACAACAACUCAAACUACCCAAAACCGAGAUUGCCAUUCGAUAUUGGAACGACUCCCAGACCUACCAGCGCUACAGCACCAUUCUUCUUUCGCAACACUCGGAGUACAUUGACGCCUGGGCCGAAGAACACAGCCUGAUUCAGAGAUGGCAGCCCAAGCUGAACUACCCGUAUGUCACGAAGGAGCUGGUCAAGAAGGCCCAAUUCUGGAAGCUCUUGUAUUCCAUAUCCAGCGACACCAAGCAAGAAUUUGAGGCCUCCAAGGAGCUGCGCAGCGGCAAGCACGACGCAGAAACAGUUACCCUGCUCUACAGACUCGCCAACCACAUGGACCAUGCCAACGCGCACCUCAUGAUCUACUGCCCGAACAUCUACAACCAAGCAGCCUACAAUACUUGGAUGGACAAACAAACAUUCCGAAUGUUAGACGCCGACCCUGACGAGAUCAAGCAGAACAUGCAGAACAAUACCCCCAAGGUGGUCGCCAAGCACUAUGAAAUACACCAACUCUUCCACAACAAUGAGCACCUGUACCCGGGGCGACACUUGAAAUUUCUCAACCACGAUUUGGUCGGCUUCUUUAAUUCGAUACCACAAUCCGAUAUCCUACAAAGCAUCCACUUCCUCACCUCCCAGUUCCUUGACGAGCACAACUCCACCAUCACCGUCGAUCCUCACAGCAAGAUCGCACCCGCACAUUCCGGCAGAUCAACGCACAGCCUGAAGUUCAACAUGGUCAAGGUGCAGGCAGAACACAUACCCGCCAUCAUCCAGUUCAGCUUCGAUGCUUGCGCUUUCACAGCCAUUGGGGAGGUCUUUCAGCAGACUUGUGGCACCUCCAUGGGAAACCAAAUCAGUCCCAUCCUCUCGACAUGUGCAAUAGUGGCCACAGAAAUCACAUGGCUAAGAAUGUGUGGCCAGUUCGUCAGCAACGCCCAUCUCCACGACAAGUUCUGGAUUCGCAGGUACGUCGACAACAGAGCCAUCAUAGUCGAUGAAGAUGAGCUUCAGCACAACCCCUACAUCCAGCAGCUUGCAUCCCUACACUUCUACAAGAAGCCAGUACAACUGGAAGAUGAAGCGUGUGAUGGUUUUCUGGGAUUUCGCAUUCACGCAGAUAAUCGCCAAAUUACCUACAAUCUCCACCGAGAAGCUUGGAGAUAUCGACUUCCCCAGUCAGCCGGCUCCACAAAGCUACGCCUCAGCGGGUACCACAGCAGAAAACACCUCAUCCGCACCAUUGCCUACCCUGAAGAUGUAGCCAAGAGACAACUACAAGAGCUGGACGACCUCUACGGCGACUUGGGAUUUGCGCGCCUUCUCGAAAACUCAGCAGAGUCCCGACACAUGCAAGGUAUUAGCAAUUGUGAUGACUCAGCCACUUUUCUUCAGUUUCUUCAGUUUUUUGGUUCAAGAGGGCAUUGGUAG